GAAACCGGAAGUUUUGAUUUUUUCACAUACCAAUGGACGUCAAAAGCUAGUAUUCGUCCACAAUUCUCUUUUGAAAUGUGACCGACACCCCUAGAAAUUAUCCUUUUCCAGUCACUUUAAGUUGACGUCUCAAUUGACCUGUUUGUCUUUGAAAAGUAUGCUUUAUUUGACUGUGUACUCCGUUUUAAAGUGAACUCUAUAAUUUGUUCGUAUGAUCACCAUGGAAAUUGUGUCAACUAUCUGCAAUUUCUGGUUCAGUGACUGAAUUAUGUUAUAUUCAAUUACAAUAGUGUCAGAUUAAAUCAGAGAAGGUUUAUGGAAGAAUUAUUAUAAAAAUCAAAAGAUGAAUGGUCAUAGUGAUAAUCCAGGUUUAGAAGACAUGGAUCUUCAUUUAAAUCUAGAAUCACUAGAUACAAACAAAUCACAUUCACAUAAUUUUGAAAUGUCUGAUGAAUCAUCAGAAUGGGAAGACGACCCUAUUAUGAUGAACCAGGAAUUUAAAAAGGAAAAAUUACCUGAUGAACUGUCAAUAAACUUACAAGGUUUAAGCGGUGCUGAGGGAAGUGACAAUGACAAGCAGCAUGGAGGACUUCUACCUUAUGAAGAUGGUAUUGAUGUGGACAGUGAUGAAGAAAAAGAAAUAAUGAAAGAAAUAAAGGAUGAGAUUCAAAAACAGAUCCGAGGGGAAAUGAAAUCUGAAUUGGAAUUGUACCAAGCCAAGGUGGCAGCCUUAGAAGCGGGUAGUUCUAGGGCAGAAGAGUCAGACAGGGAUACAGGUCAAGAAGACAUGGAUCCUAAAAUGAAAGAAGCCAUUUUGAAAAUGAGAAAGUUGGACAGAAUUCUGUCCAAAAAGAUAAAACGAGAGAGAGAAGUAAAAAAGGAUAGAAUGAUAUUGGAAAGGAGGAUAAAGUCUGAAUUAGAAGGUAUCAACCAACAGAAUCAUGAUGUCAAGUUAAACACAGAGAAAUUUCUGGCUCUAACACUGCCACCUAGUCACAAUGAAGGCAUUAAGUUAGCAGAUCUUCCAGAUGAGCCAGUAUUUGCCACACAACUAAAUGAACAGGAUUAUCCAAACCUAAAAAGUGGAGGUGCUAAGUCUAAAGGAAAUUCAAGUAGAAGUGAGACUUCUCAGUCAGCUAAGAGUACAGACAGAGAUACAAUGUCAGCAAGUGAUACUACAUCCAUGAAUGGCAGCACGAAAGGAUCAAAGAAACAUAAAAAGAAGAAAGAUUUUAUUAAAAGGAACAAAGAGCUUGCCGCUGAUGCAGAAAACCCAAUACCAAUGACCCAAGAAGAGAAAGAUCGUGUUGAUUCUCUUUUAGCUGACCUUGACCAACUACCAGAGAUAACAGAGGAUGAAGAUGUUGAUGAGUUUAGAAUUCCCAGAUUUGAGUUAGCAGUCCAUUCUGGUGAAGGAUUUGUUCCAGAUGACGAUGAUCAGAAAUCUUUACGUAAUAUUGAAAGUAGGCUUAAGGAAAUAAUGCCACCAGAAGAUUUUGAAUCAGUCAUGCAUACACCUUCUACACCUCAGUCGUAUAAGUUAUUCACACCAGUAUCAAUUAAAUCUAACAUGGACAUAGAACAUUUUGGAGAGAAAGCUUUAUUAGAGUAUAAAGAUCAACGAGAACUGAGAGAGAGGCUAUUUGAUGUAGAUGAACAAUUAUCUAAUUUGAGUAAUCGAGAUGAAGAUGAGUUGUCAGAGAUUUCAGGGGUUCUACCAAGGUCUCAACUAAAUGACUUGUUAGAUCAAUGUGCUAGGUCAAUAUCUAGGACAUCAUAUUCUGACAUAUCUUCUAGAGUAUCAGAAGCUGAUUCAGAAUCCACAUUGUGUAACUCUUCUGAAUCUACACCCAGAACACCUAAGUCUUGCAGAGAAAUGCUGAUGGAAAAUCCACCUAAACUAUCAGAAGAUGUUUUACAUAAAUUAUUGACGGAUGCACAUACAGCCCUUCCUUCGAGACUGUCUACACUGAGAGAGGAGGAUGAAAAUGAUGAUGAAAUUGAAAAAACUUUUGUUGAGGAUGAUUCUUCUCGGGUUGAACGAUGGAGGAAGAUAAGAGAGGAUAAUGAAAUGUAUAACGAUGUUGAAUUGAGCAACGAAAUAUCAGGUGUUUUGUCUGAACAGGCUGAAAGUGCUCGAUCAGAAAGAUGGAAAAAAAUACAAGAACUUUUAAUGAAUAUUGAAAAUGAAGACAAUGAAAAUGAAGACAAUGAAAAUGACAAUAGUCAAACAGAGCGUCCAUAUACAGAACGUCCUUCUAAUGAACCUAGUCAACAAACCGAUACAAUACAAGAAUACAGUUCCAGAACAGUAGAAGAAACUAAUGGGUCAGAAACAGACAUUUAUCAAGAAUGGGUUCCUAGUGAAAAUUAUCCAAAAGAAAAUGUAGAACCUGUUUAUUCAAUGAAUGAACCUUUCUUUCAAAGGAAAGCUCAAGUGCUAAAAAAUGAUAGUUUUAGUUUAGAAAGAAGUGAUUCAGUAAAUAGUGAUUCUAAAACUCCAUUUUUACCAGAAAUUAAUCGAUCUGGUAGUCUUGUCUAUCAGGAUUACAGUAGAGUUUCAAGUGCUCAGAGUGGUAGAAGUUCUGCUUCUUCUGUGCGGACUAAUAUUUAUAAUUCUAAACACCAAGACUCUAUAGAGAUUAUGUCCAUAGACGGGGAAUGUAUAACACCCAGACCUCCUGAUUCGGAGAGGCCAUCAAGUAGUAAAUCACGAACAGUUACACCUCUAAAUAGGUGAUAAUCUAUAUCAGUAUUUAUAUACAUUCCAUUUCUAAUCUGUGAUCAAGUUUUUACAGAAUAUAUGAUUUAUAGAAGUGUCACUGCUACAUGAAAAAUAUUAUUUCUGUGCAUAAAAUGUACACAGUUUAAAGUGUUUUUGCUGCUUGCUUUCAUUUUCAUUUUAGCAACAUAGCUUAAUAAAAUUGUGAAAAUAUUUACUUAAACAGGAUAAUACUUAUAAAAUUGUUCAGGGUUCUCUCUAAGCAUUCUAAGACGAGUCCAUCAGUCCUGAACUCAUCAAAAUUUGUCUGGACUCACCAUUUUCAAAACUGGUGAGUCCACAGAUGCAUCCAGAUUGAAAUAUAUGUAUAAACUGAGCACAUUUAAACACAACUGUCGUCAUUUUAUAGCAAAAGUUUUAAAGUAAUCUGAAUUUAAUGUCAUUUCAUUGCUCUGUUAGGCCAUGAAGACUAAAAUAUUACAUUAUAUUGCAAUAAAAUAUCUUCUUCAGUUCUUCUUGCUGUUGGACUCAAUAUGGCAAAAAAUGACGAGUCCCUGGACUUGCCUUCAAAAAUCCUUAGCUCGAACCCUGUUAUUACCUUGAUUUGUUUGAUAGCAAAUUCAAUUAUAAAAAAAAAAUACAAAUUAUAACUACAAAUAUGGAAAUCAUUAUUUGAAAUUUAUGCAUAAUUUACCAUGUUUACA